AUCUUAUGUCGAGCUUUGGCUCCACUGUGGCUUCUCUUCUUCCUACUUCCCUUUGUUGUGUUUGUGUCUAUGGACACUUUGCAAUUGAUCUAUAUUCCCUGUCAAUCAGACCUUCUCCUACUUUCCCGUUUCAUUUCUUAUAUGACUUGGUUGGUUGCGCUCUUGUGGCACCUUAUGUAACCGCGAUUUCUCCCAUUUCAAGCAUGAUUAUAUUGACCGGGCAGUCAGAGCGGGUCUCGGGCAUGCCUCGGUAGGGCUUUUUCAGCAUCGAGUGAUUGUUAGCGUGUUGUUAUCAGUCUCGCUGUUCGAGCGUAGAAUGUUCAUGCCCAUUCAAUUGCACACCCGAAGUCUUGGGGGGUGGUAUCAUCGCACCUCACCUAUUUACUUUCAGACUAGAUACCUUAUCUCCAUACUUAACAUAACGCAUGCGACCAUAAUAUAAUACAGGGCUCCUUAGUCGGACUCAACCCACAUGCGGUGCGGUCGAAGUAAGACAAGUGCGAUUUACCUGGGAUAUGUGUAGGAUUGUGUCGAAUACGCCUGAGGAGAGAUCAAUCCUGACAUCCUUAUAUAGAAAGAAGUCUUGAUAUUCCCAAGCUGUUUCUUUGUCUGAGCUGAUGGUAUCUUAAACCCCCAAGAAUGGG